AGAUGUAAAUAUAUUACCAGACAAAAAAGAUGUCAUUUUUCGACUACAGAAGGAUGAAAUUCUGAUUUUAAAUUCUGUGAUCUGGAAAGUUAUAGGUUGAAAUUAACCAUGUCGCAAAAUAUAAGUUAUUGUGACAGUAAUUUCACAAACACAGGCCACGGAUUUACGGUAGCUUCCGGUUUUUAUAUCGUUCUUGGAGUGCUCGGAAAUGUGACUGCAUUUGUUCUUCUCAUCAAACAAUCAAGGUACCACAACUGGAAAAUGUUUUAUCGCCUCGUGUUGUUACUGGUCAGUGUUGAUCUGUUAGGGGUGGUCAUGUUUGGUAGUAUCAGUGUGAUUGAAAAUACUGCCACAAAGUGGCUUGGCGGGAAAGGCCUGUGUAUCGCGGAGUCCAUCAUUAUAAUUUUCAUAUCAUUAACUAACUUAUUAAUUGUGACGAUCAUUUCGCUAGAAAGAUUUCUAGCUUUAUGGCACCCUUAUUUUUAUUCCACGUUAAAACAUCAUGCGUGUAUUAUAUUUGUUCCGGUAGUGAUUUUAUGCGUGGCCGUUGUCAUGGCGAUUCUACCUGCCGUAAGCGGCGACCAUUUUGAAAAGAUAUAUCCAUGUGACUUUUGUUUCAUCAAUAUCUAUGGCAACAACCAUUCUGAUUAUAUUUAUGCUUUUAUAUAUAGCAUUUUCGGACUUCUUUUCUUAACAUUAGCGAUCGUUCUAAACAUUUUAGUGAUCGUUGCGUUGUCUCGCAGUUCACGGGGUUAUUCGAGACAACGCCAAAGUUUAAUUUCCAUAAACCAUGAUGGAAAGGAGUACUAUUUUAUGUUGUUUCAGUUAUUGGCCGUCAUUACAGAGCUUGCUGUGUGCUGGAGCCCUUUACUGAUAAAAAUCAUUAUGACAGUGACUUUGAAUGUGGAGGAUUAUGAUGAAGCGCUGUUGAAAAAAAAUUAUUUAUUUUUCCGUUUCGCAGCCUGGGUUCUUGUUUUAGACCCUUUGAUAUACGUCAUAUUAAGGCGGGAAAUUAUCGUUAAUAUCUGCCUAUUUUGUAAGCGUCGAGAGCACCAGCAUCUGACGUCAUCAGGAGAUAAAGUGGACCGGGGAUCGAUGCAUUCUAAUCCAAACAGAGCAAGUUAUGGAACUAUAUAAAAAUGAUAAAUAAUUAGAGUUUGGGCUUGUAGAAGCAGUCUUGGAAAAAGCGCUUUGAGGAAAGAUGUUUGUGUCGUUCUCUAGUCCUGUAUAGUAACUAGUACUGUAACAGUAACCUAACAAAAGAAAAAAAAACUGUGGAUUCAUCGUGCUCGCAAACAAAUACAUGUAGUUGAAAUACUGAAGAAUUCAAAUUUCCCGUACUGUUUAGGGAAGAACAGAUGCAAAAUGUAAUAACUGAAUUGCACUCUUGUGAAUUAUUAUGAUUUUUCUUUAGCUUGUCAUAAUUAUUUUAAUAUGUCAUUUGGUUGGUUUUCCUUUCUGAGUUCAAUGUAUAUGAAAAUCACCAAAGCUUAUAUCACAUUAAUGUAAAUUGUUCUAUGAAUUUUUAUGGUGAUACAAUUAAAAAAAAUAUUCAUCGAU